AUGAGCUGUGAAACAGAAGAAAGGUUACCAAGUGAUGAGCUGGAGUGCAAAAUUUGUUACCAGCGAUAUAAUGUGCACAACCGGAAACCCAAAAUCCUGGACUGCCUUCACAGGGUAUGCGCACGAUGUCUGAACAAGAUACUGGACAUAAGCGAUGGCUGCCAUUGCAUCAGCUGCCCCUUUUGUCGCCAUGAAACAGAGGUGACGGAAUACGAGGUGGCCGGACUUCCUGACGACAUGAACAUCAUGUCCGAACUGGCUACUAGAGACAAAUCAUGGAGCUCGGACACCAAAGAGGUGGUCCUAACACCCAAAAGCCUGGCUUCAUCCAGCCCUUCUCAUGGAUCGUCCAACUGCUUAGUUAUCACAAUCAUGGAGGUACAGAGGGAUUCCUCUAGAACUCCCAGCAGAAACUCAAGCUCUGAUGACUAUGCAGAUCACAGUUUGGAUUCAAUAUCAGUGACUUCUCAUAAUCAAAUAGACCAAGACCUUUUCUCAAAGCUGUGUAACCAUGUGCCCAGAAUACUGGUUUGGCUGCUAGGUUUCUUAUACUUUGGCUCUCUGCCGCUCGGGAUUUACCUGCUGGUGAUUCAGAAAGUGACCUUGGGGAUUGUGUGUGUCAGUCUUGUUCCUUCCAGUCUGACUGUUUGUUUGGUUUAUGGGUUUUGCCAGUGCCUGUGCCAAGGGAUGUGUGACUGUUCAUCAAGAAGCUGACAACAUGUGCUAUCUAACAUGGAGGUGAUUUUGUCAGCCCUGUCAGACUCCCAGCAAGGGAAUAAUUAUAGUAAAACCUGAUCUAUCCACGCAGCAGGGGGACAGAACGUUUGUGGCGAGAUGCUUCUGUCAUUAACUUGUUUUAAAACAAGCAAUUAAAAACUUUGUUUUUUGUUUUUUUUUACUAACUGGUAACAACAGUUUUACUGGAAUUUGAUUCACAACCUGCAACCAUUAUUAGGCAUAAAAGCACUAUUUAAGGUGUUUUUAACAUUUGUUUUUAUUUCAUUCAAAUUCUAAUCCAACGCCUUCUGCAAAGUAUAUUUUAUAGUUAAAAAAAACCAAACUUUUUAACAGUCAACAGCUUCAUAUGAUGAACUGUUUCCAACUUGUCCCAUGCUAGUCUUGGCUUUCUGGGUUGCUGUAAUAGUCACAUAACCAUGUGACUUAAAGGAUGCAAACCAACACAGCUGCUGGGUAUUCUGGUCCAAUCACUGUCUGAUGCUAUACCACCUUGGAACCUAGGGGGCACUGUACUACAGGAGGUGCAGUUCUUCAAAUGAGAUGCUAAACUGUCUUGCUGUCUACCACAUAGACACUGAAGACCCCUUUCACUUAUUUCAAAGAAGGGCAGGGAUGAUCAAACUGUGGUAAAAUGUGUGACGACAUACAGGCAGACUUUUGUACAGACAGAGAAACACAGCCACAUACUCAAAAACUUGAGCUUGAGCUAAAUAAUGUUAAUACAAAAUGUCAUCACCCUUGGAUAAGCAGAUUUCUCGAUAUGGACAGAUGGACAUACAGACCAUCUCUAUUUCCUCUUACCAGGGACAUCUUGUCCUGCAGAGGACAAUAGAUGCUUUAGUGUCCUAGUAAAUAUUAUUUCGCCUGUCAGUGGAUAGUGAUUAUUUGACUCUUUUGAUUAUUAGCAAUCAAGAAAUCACAUA